AUGUCGGUCGCUUCGGCAAUGCCGUUGUCGUUCCCGCGUUCAGUCGUGGGCACACGUCGCAUACUCGUCUUGUAUCUAGGGGGCACUAUUGGCAUGAAGAAGAACGCCGAAGGCACGUUGGAGCCUGCCGCCGGCUACCUCACGGAGGAAAUGCGCAAGAUGCCAGAGCUGCGGGAGAGCGCCGAGAUCGCGCCGUUCGACAUCAUUGAAUACGACGAGCUACUGGACAGCAGUGACAUGGGCGCCGCCAAUUACUGCCGCAUCGCCGCAGAUCUUCAGGUGCACUGCGAUGCGUACGAUGGUUUCCUCAUUGCGCACGGCACUGAUACGAUGCACUACACCGCGAGCGCCCUCUCUUUUCUUCUCUGCAACCUUGACAAGCCGGUGAUCGUGACAGGGGCAAUGGUGCCCCUGGCGGAGCCGUACAACGAUGCGCGCCGCAACGUGGUGAUCAGCAUGAUGCUCGCCUCCAACCCGAAGAUCUGUGAGGUGUGCAUCUUUUUCAACGAUAGCCUGCUGCGCGGAAACCGGUGCGACAAGGUGCACCACACAUAUGGGGCCUUCCGCUCCCUCAACUACCCCCCGCUGGGCGUUGUGGAGGCGACACAGUUCGUGUUGAAGGAGGAGUAUCUCCUCCCACAACCGAUGGGGGCCAUGAAGAUCAUGUCGGACAUGCGGGGACGCGUGGGCUGCUACCUGAUCGACCCCGAGGCUGAUGUAGACACCCUCAUCACUUUACUGGAGCAGAAGCGGCCGAGGUCGUCUCUCGGCACCCACACCAUCACGGCUGCGUCCUCGAUGGACGACGGCCGCGACGACACGUUGCAGCCCCUGCUGGAUGCUGUGCUGCUAUCGCUCAACGGUGUCGGUAGCGUGAAGGGCGUUGUGGCGCAGCAGCUGCAGCGAAUCGCCGCUGUUGCCCACAAGUGUAAUAUCGUUGUCUGCGCUGUGGAUCGCGAUAUCAGUGGCACACUGAACCCGUCCGAGGUACAGCGUCUACAGGCCAUCUCACCCGAUAUUGUGUACCUCAACGACAUGUGCAUUGCCGCUGCGGAGGUGAAGCUCAUGUACCUCUUCGGCAAAGGGCUUAGCCCUGCGAAGGUAGCGGACGCCAUGACACAAAAUAUUCGAGGCGAGAUCACUCCGCUGUUUCAAGCGCAUGCAAGGCUGUGA